AUGACAUCCUACUUCUCUUCCCUAACCUCUUCCUCUGCCAUAUCAAACCUAGGCACGCGCCUCAACUCCCUCCGUCGCGCAAUCACACUAGGCGACGAAGCCGACGACCCCGACAACGAAGACUGCUCCCACAUCUCCAACGUCCUACGCGCCUACUACGUCGAAAAAGCCCGUCCAUUCCCAGCCUGGCUCCCCCCAGACCCGAAAAAUCCAAACCCACCCCAACCAACCCGUGUCGUCGCAACAACCCAACUCCCUCCCGGUGCCCCUGGCCAGCCCUCCGCCGCGAGUCACGGAAGAGGGGGUGGCCUGGGCGACCUCUGGGGCGACACGGGAUCCCCUCAACCUGCGACUUCGCAGACAGCAAGUCUCCGUCGAGGUCGGUCGACGCCCAAUGCCUCUGGUGCGCCGUUGGCAGCCGCCGCGAGUGCCCCUGCUGCCGCGGGGCCUAUGAACGCUUCUUCGUCGCCGAUGCCUUCGCCUGGUCUUGGACAGCCGGCUGGGGCAAGACCACUGCCUAGUCAGCGCACGGGGUCGUAUCAGACCGUUCCAGGGUCUGGUUCAGGGGCGUCUUCUGCGCAGGAACGGUUGAGGGCAAGGUUGCAGGGAGGAAGGUCGCCGAGCCCUGGGAUGCUUGAUCCGGCGGCGAGGAAGCCGGUUGGGGGGAUGACGCCGAGAUGGGGGUCUCGUUAG